AUGGACACGCAGGCCCAAGCGCUGCAGAGGGACAAGAUACAGCUGCCCGAGCAUCUGCUGGGCAGGCUCGAUGACUUGAACACAAGGGUGGGCGCGCUAUGCGCCGGCGGCGAGGAGCGCGCGCGGCAGCUGGCCGGGGUGGCGCGCGACGGCGGCGCGGGCGCGGCGCAGGGCUUCCUCGCCGGCUCCGUGGACCCGCCCUGGGAAAGGGCCGUCACGCCUGCCAACGUACCUUACUAUAUCAACCACGAAUUAGAAACGACACACUGGGACCACCCGAAGAUGAUCGAGCUCAUGAACUCGCUGGCCGACCUCAACGAGGUGCGGUUCUCGGCCUACAGGACAGCGCUCAAACUCCGGACUGUACAGAAGGCGCUUUGCAUGCACAUGCUACAAUUACCAGCAGCCUUAGAGGCCUUCGACUCGCAUGGGCUCCGUGCGCAGAACGACCGACUCAUCGAUAUCCCUGACAUGAUCACCGUACUUACGUCGCUAUACGAGGUAAUAGCAGCAGAAAACCCGAGCCUGGUGAACGUGCCUCUCUGCCUGGACCUGUCCAUCAACUGGCUCCUCAACGUGUACGACAGCCAGCGCACCGGCCAGAUCCGGGUCCUCAGCUUCAAGGUCGGCCUCGUGCUGCUGUGCAAGGGACAUCUGGAGGAGAAGUAUAGAUAUCUAUUCCGGCUCAUCGCAGACCCUUCAUGCAGAGCUGAUCAACGAAAAUUAGGAUUACUUCUACACGACUGCAUACAGGUCCCUCGACAACUGGGUGAAGUGGCAGCUUUUGGAGGCUCCAACAUCGAGCCUUCGGUGAGGAGCUGCUUCGAGCAGGCUUCCGCCGCCACCAAAGAUGGCAACAAGGGUGGCACUCUUGAUAGGAAGGCGCCAGAAAAAGAGAAAGACAAAGAAGACACCAGCGACAAGACCCUCGAACGAACACCAGACGGGCAGCUGCAGUUCAUCGAGGCCUUCCAUUUCCUGCAGUGGCUGCAGAAGGAGCCGCAGUCCAUGGUGUGGCUGCCCGUGCUGCACCGCCUGGCCGCCGCCGAGCAGGCCAAGCACCAGGCCAAGUGCAACAUCUGCAAGGACUACCCUAUUGUGGGCUUCAGAUACCGCUGUCUGAAGUGCUUCAACUUCGACAUGUGCCAGAAGUGCUUCUUCAGCGGCCGCAAGGCCAAGAACCACAAGCUCACACACCCCAUGCAGGAGUAUUGCACUGCGACGACAUCAGGGGAGGACGUGCGUGAUUUCACUCGAGCACUGCGCAACAAGUUUAAGUCGGCGCGCUACUUCAAGAAGCACCCGCGGGUCGGCUACUUGCCCGUACAGACUGUUCUAGAAGGUGACGCAUUAGAGUCUCCCGCGCCGUCCCCACAGCACGGCGGCGCGGGCGGCGCCCUGGGCGCGGACGACAUGCACUCGCGGCUCGAGCUGUACGCCUCGCGUCUUGCCCAGGUGGAGCGCACGGCGCCCGACCAGGACACGCCCGACAGCGACGAGGAGCACCAGCUGAUCGCGCAGUACUGCCAGUCGCUGAACGGCAGCGGCGGCGCCGACGCCGACGACGCGCCGCGCUCGCCCGUACAAGUCGUCUCCAUCAUCCACCGCGAGCAGCGCCACGAGCUCGAGGCCAUGAUCAGGGAGCUGGAGGAAGAGAACGCGAGCCUGCAGGCGGAGUACGAGCGGCUGAAGGCCAAGCAGACGCCCGGCUCCACGCCCGACGACCAGCAGGCCGACCGCAACGCGCCCGUCGACCAGGACAUGAUGGCGGAGGCUCGCUUGCUGAGACAACACAAAGGGCGUCUGGAGGCACGCAUGCAGAUCCUGGAGGAGCACAACCGCCAGCUCGAGGCACAGCUGCAGCGCCUGCGCCGCCUGCUCGACGAGCCGGCGCAGGGCUCGCCGCCGGCGCGCACGGGCACGCUGCAGACGCGCUCGGUGACGGCGUCGCAGCUCGCCACCGACUCGCCCGCCAAGAUGCACAACGGGCUCUACGACGCACAUACCAAUGACCUAGGCCGCGCCGUCGAAGAGUUAGUUUCCGUGAUGACGGAGGACCAGCCAGCGCAGACCACCGCUCCUCCGCAGUACACCAACGGAAAGCCAGCCAAGGAGUGACCGCCCCAUGGUGCUGACGCGGCAACCCCGCUUUAUUCCCGUCUGGCAACACUGUCCUUUGCCAUUUUUAACUUUUUAUUGAAUAAUAAAACUUUUUCCAAGUUGUCUGGGUUCAAAAUCCCAAUUCAAAGGUUUACUGUAUUAUAUUUUGGUUUGGCUAUUUCCUACUAAUUUUCGACUCAUCACUAACAAUUGCACAUGCUGUACAAAUGACUUCUACCUUAUUAUACAAAAGCUCUAACAUUCCAUUCAUCAUUUCUAACAGAUGGCUUCUCGGUGUUGGUUUUCAGAAGCCUGAGUGGAUUCGGCUAAACAGAGCUAAUCAGUCUGACUGACUUAGUUCAUGAUAGCAACGGAACAAGACGAUUAUCGUAUGCAACGCUUAUUGUAUAAAUAAGGGCCUGCCAUUGUUGCAGUACAUAUCGUGAUGAUGUCGUUAAUCUUUCCUAUUCUUCUUCUCUUUAUACGGGCAACACUUUUGGUAUUUUUAAUUUUAACGGGCAACUCGACAGUGUUGCCAGAACGAAUUAAUCCAACGAAAAAGACAGCUAACGAGCAUUUAUAUUAAAAAACUGUACCAAAUUUAUCGAUACUAACAUUUUAUUAAUUGUUUAUAAGUACAUAUCUAUUAGUACAAUCUCCAUUAUACUAUCAUAUCACUUCUUGUAAAUUUCCAUAUCAUUUUAUGCUGUAUAUUGAACUGGCACGUGUAUAAAUAUCACGAGACUCAGGUCAUUGUUUUUGAAACGAAAUUGGCCGGACCGGUCAGAUCGGCUUGGAACUCAGUUGAGAGCUUUAAUAGUAAAUGUCGGAAUCAAAAACAUAUAUACAGGUGUUUACAAUUUUAGACAGUACCGUUGAUUUGCAUGUAUGCAUCUUUUUGAUGGCGACUUUAUCACAAUGUUAGCUUUAAAAUACCUGUUUUGAGACGUUUUUAUAAUGCAAUCGACGAUGCAAACAAAGCACGAAUCCAGAAACGAGGGCCUACGUUUUAGUGGAAAAUGUACUGUUAAUCAUAGAUAGUUGUUUCCAGCCUCCGGCUCCCGGGGUCGUAGGUCGGGUCAGCCCGCGGUAGUAGUAGUGUAGCCAACGAUAUCGGCAUGUUAUUUAUAUGCAUGUUUACAUAUUAUCGAGUUAUCAAAAAUGUAUCGUUAGAAAAAUAUGACUAAUCAAGCUGCUUCUAUGCAAAAUAGUGUUGAUCAUUUCCUUCGGUUACGUGUUUUGGACUGUCAGAAUAGUACUUCUUCGUAGACUUAAACAUGUAUCCAACUUUUUCACUAUGACAACGGUGACACGUUUGUACUUAGGGUAAUAUGGGCGGGGCAGUUUACGCCCCGCCCGUUUCGACGUUUGUGACGUGUCGUAAGGAGCUGCCUACCUUUUAGAUAAGAAUAUAUUGGAGAGAUGACUUUUAUACGAAUGUUAAGUAAUCUGUUGAAUGCUAACUUUACAAUUAAGGACUUCCGAUUUAACCAUAUCAUGGUUUUUUAUAUUUUUAUUCGGUCGCGGAGUGUGCUGGAAUUUUAAUUCGGUUGUAUUAUUCCUUUUUAAUUGGCAACACUUUGAAAUUUCGGUCAACUCGCGACGUUUUGAUUAAUAUUAUAUCAUUAAUUUGGCUAAUAUAGUAUUUAAGAAAAAAAGCACAAUCUAUGUUAUUUUAACGAAGAAAGUAAUUAAAUUUACACUAAUAUAUUGUUAAUAAUUUUAUUCUAUUUGUUUGUAGGAUGAAUAGUUUUGUUUCAAAAUCGAUUAUUUUAAAUAUUGGCAACUUAAAAUAUCUACUUCCGCAUUUAUUUGUAUAUUUUACUGUGUUUAUAAUGUUUUAGAAGUUAAUAAAAUCCAAAUAAACAUUCAAGCAUAGUA